GCUGGUGGCGGCGGCGCCGGCCGCCGCGCUCCUGGCCGAGGCGUGUGGUGCCGAUCUGCCGAGUUCCCAGCGGGCCGAGGUGGCUGUCAAGUAUGUGCUGUCCGGUUGGGAUCUUCUUGACAAUGGGAAAUACCUGCGCUGCAGUUUUGGCUGCCGCGUGUGGGACCCUUCUCACAUUUAUUCCGCACCAGCCGCCUGUGAAGACGUAAAGACGGUGGAAGAGAAAGCGAGCAUGGCUGCCGAUGCGACCGACUGUGACAUGGAUACGACACCGGAGCGGGCGCGGCAGACCACAGCCCGCGAUCAUCGCCCGCAAGGCGAGGACCAGGGCGACUGCGCGGGCGUCCCGGCACCUCAGCCUGACGGGGGAGCUUCAGUCGCGUGUGCCAAGUCACCCGAUGGGCGGGGAGCCGGGCAAGGACGAGGAGAUGGGGAGGAGCACGCGAGCUCCGAUGCCUCCGUGGUGAGUGGAGGCCAGGUGCCCUCUCCUGAGAGGCCGAGCAGCGAGCAUCGCGACGCCGCGCCUGACGUUCCCUCCGCUGCGGUGUCGCAAGACGAGCCUGCGGAUCCAGUCCUGUCUCCUGAAUCACCGCUCCGUGAGAAAGAGCCAGCGCUUGCAGCACGGGGGCCGGAGCUAGCGUCGAGUUCGUCGGAGGGAGAAGCAGAGCACCCAUCUGUGGACGAGGACGCAUGUAAGGUACGGGGCGACGGACCCCAGUCCACGAGUGUACUCUGUGAAGCUUCUGAUGCCGGCCAAGAUACGCCCAUGCCGCAAUCCGGUGACGCGGACGAAGUCAGGAGUCAUCGGGACGGCUCACAGGGACCGGACGAGCCAUCCGAAAAGGCGUCUUACAAAUCAGGCGACGCCAGUCAGGAGCGGAGCGCACUCAGCCCGUCGUCAGAUCCCGGACCGCCCGAGCAAGGCUCUGACGUCGGCGCGGCCGGCGACGCCUCCGCUCUCGCUAGCGGUGCCGCGCCGCCUACGUCGGCCGAGCCCGCCGUGCGGUCGGGCGAUGAUGACUCCGGCGCCGCAACGUCGUCCAGCGAGGAGGACGACACUGAUGGCUCGGCGUCAGACGUGGAUGGCGACACGCGCACGUCGGCCUCUGAGAACGGUGACGGCGAUGUGCGCGGGACCGAGGACGGCGACGCUGCUGCGAUCACCGCGACAGCCGCCGACGGCUCCGACGGUUCCGGCACGCCCUCUCCGGACGGGUCUCGCGCGCCACCGGCCGGCAAGCCUCGCACGUCAUGCGCUGACGCGUCUCGGACGUCAUCUCCGGGCGGUGCGCGUGACCGCUCAUCAUCUAGUGAGGCGGACGUCGGUGACGGCUCGGAGACACACGACCAGAACGGCAACCACGCGCUGUCGCCGUCCGCCAGCGAUGAUGAUGAAAACGGUGCGCAGGCGCCUCCCGCCGAGGAGAGCAGCAGCACGACCUCGUCAUCGGACGACAGCGACGGUGGCGAUGCGUCCGCGGGGUCUGACGCCGCCGCCGGCGCCGGCGCGCCAUCUGAAGCGUCCGUCGCCACCACUAGCACCGAGGCGCGGUCGCCAACUCCAGAUGGCGGUGACGAGGGUGGCGAGGGUGACGCCGCGAGUGGCGGCGUGGACGGAUGCGAGCCGGACGCCGACACCGCGGAGGCCGGCGCCUCCAAGCGGCCGCGGGAGGGCGAAGUCGGCGCGCCUGAAGCGAAGCGGUGGGCCGACGCCGACGCGCUCGAGACCAUGACGAAGGUGUGGAGUACCCUGGACCUGUGGACGUCCCCGGUGGCCAAGCCCGUGUCCAGGGCGUGA